AUGGAUCACGGACCACCAAAUCCCAACGACUUAUUUGAGUUUACCGGGCCGGUUACAAUAAAUCCCGUGAGUACUAACGGCACCGCCGACCAGAACGAUAUGAUGUCACUUUACGAUAACUCCAUGUUCACCAACUUCGGUGGCUUGCCAAUGAGUCUUGAUAGCCUUAAUGAUAUGACUGCUGUCCCGACGCAGCCAUUUCCACCAGUUUCCGCUGCUGGAAACCCGCAAGCUGCGCUCAUCCAUAAUGACGCCAUGCAAUUUACAUCAAAUACGGGUGAAAGCGCAGUUCCGCCGCCGCUGCUGCCGCCGACGACUACGGGCAUUGCUCCGAGCUUCCCAGCCCCCGUGCAGCCCACUUUACAAGGAGGAAGCACUUUGACCGAAUUUACCAAGAGGAGGAAUUGGCCCGCAAAAGUUGUCGAAGAGCUCAAGGACUUUUUGCAGAUACUGGAUGCUCACGGAAGAAUUAAAUACGCAUCACCGAGCGUCACUUCAUUGACUGGAUAUGAGUCGGAUGAGCUAAUCGACCGGUUUGUGAAGGACUUAAUUCAUCCAGAUGAUGUUGGGACGUUUACAUCCGAUAUGAACGAAUCCAUAGCGACAGGGAACCCACUCCGCAUGUUCUAUCGUCUGAAAAAAAAGGAUGGCAAUUACGCAAUUUUUGAAUCUGUCGGCCACGCGCAUAUCGCCGCAGCUAAAUUUGCGCCAAACCCGGAAAAUCAGUCGCCAUUCUGCCAGUCGGUGUUUAUGAUGUCACGACCGUAUCCCACUAAGAAUGCCGCACUUCUAGACUCGUUCCUAGAACACAAAAUCGAAAAUGAGCGGCUAAGACGUCGCAUUACGGAACUUCGAAGGGAAGAAGAGGAAGAGGAGGCAUCUCAGCAAAGUUGGUUUACGAGCCAAGAAGGCCGAUCAGAUAUUGCUGCGUCAGAGGAUACGAUGUUAACCUCUUCUCAGAGUCCUGCCUUGUUCACCCAGACAAGCGUGGAUUCACAAGCUAUGCCACCCCCGGAAAGACCGACGGCGCUUAACAUAGCAUUAACAAGGGAGAACCUCGAAGGAGUGACAGCAGGAAACCGGCCAGAUUCGAUUAGGGAUAAGAUGGCGAGAUAUGAGGGCGCGUCACAUACCGAUACUAUCGAGAUGUUGACUGGUUUAAGAUAUGUUGAAGGGGAACGAAGCCGUGGCAUUACUACCGGUAAUUCUAGUCCGACCCUUAUCAAGGGUGAUGUUGGCAUUGCCAUACCGAUCGAUAGAGACCCCAGAACAGGAGAAAAGAAGAAGAAGCUUAAAGUUGCAGAAGAAUAUGUCUGUACUGAUUGUGGCACACUUGAUUCCCCGGAAUGGAGAAAAGGUCCCCAAGGACCCAAGACUCUUUGCAACGCUUGUGGCCUGCGAUGGGCCAAAAAGGAAAAGAAAAAACAUGCUCAUAGCGGAGGUAAUAUCGGCAACCCGGCCCACGGGCAUCUGCCUAUAUCCAUGAUGGAGCAGCGAUGA